AUGAACAUAGAUCAAAUUAUCGAGAUCAUAGUUGUUCCAAUUCUCAGGUUUCCAAUUGUUUUGGUCGCCUUUACGAAAUUUGCUCGCUGGUUCGAUGUCUUGGUUUUUGUCUAUACGGUACUAGUCAAUGCAUUAUGGUGGUUAAACAGGCGAUACAAAACGAGAGGGAGAUGGCAGCACUUAGACCUAAUGGGGCAUGCCACCUGUGUCGUUACUGGUGGCAGCAAAGGAUUGGGGUCUGCAGUGGUGAAUGAACUACUCACGAGGUUUGCAAAUGUGCAGGUGAUUGUGGUGGAUAUCGCUCCGCCCAAAAUAAUCAAUUCCCGCCUUACCUAUUAUCCGUGCGACCUUAGUAAUGAGUCAAGCGUAAAUCGCACUCUAGACUACAUCAAGAAGAACCAUUCAAAAAUCGACGUGCUGAUAAAUAAUGCGGGCAUUCGUUCCAAGUUCCAGAAUUAUUCGGACUUGCAUAAAGAUGACGUGAAUCGAGUGUUUCAGGUCAACGUUUUUACACCUAUGCGUUUUAUUCAGGAGUUAAGCCCAAGAGAUGAUAAUAACCAGCAAUUCUAUACAGUUAACGUGGCCAGCACACUAGGGACAUGUGCCCCGGCGCGCGCAUCGUGCUAUGGUGCAUCAAAAGCAGCUACAAUUGCAUUCCACGAGGCUUGGACUCAGGAAAUAGGCCCUUACAACAAUUUCAGAACCCUGCUAGUGAUGCCGGGGCAAUUAGACACUUCAAUGUUCAGUGGAUUUUCACCUCCUAAGCAAUUUUUGGCUCCCUUAGUAGAUCCAAAAGCACUUGCUCAGCGCAUCGUAGAAUGUUGCAGAACGGGCCAGCGCGGUGAACUCUGCGCUCCGAUGUAUGCCAACUUCAUGGGAUUAGUGCGCGUUCUGCCGUAUGCUAUAAACCAAGCUGCUCGCAAAUUUUCUGGCAUGGACAGUUGUUUGCCCGUGGAGAAAACGCACUAA